AUGGUUUACUUUUUGGUUGGUGCUGAAAAUCUUUUUGGUGAUAGUGAUAAAACCUUUUCAAGAAUCACCACAGAAUUAGGCAACUUGGCUACCAUUAAGAAUAGGAUUGAUGUUCAAAUAAGGGAUUUCAAGUUGAGCAAUGUUGAUUAGUUAAUUUCUUCCAAUGAAGCUAUGCUUAAAAUGGAAACACACAUUGAAAGUAUCUUGAAGAAAAUCGAAAGAACAUAUAUGGAUAUUACUGAAUCUCAACACGCUGAAUUCCAAGUUAAUACUAGAAGUAGUUCUGUUUCCUUGAGUCAAUAUGUUCAAGAUUUUAAGUGGGAUAAUAAUAUUUUCUCCAGAAGUUAACCUUUAAUGGAAUUGUUGAAGAGUUUCUAACAAAAAGCAACUACCAUUGAUAACGAUAUUCGUUAAAAGCAACAAGUUCUUUAAGAAGCCAAAAAUAACUUGAACAGUGUCGCCCUCAAAGAAGGAAACUUAUUGGUUAAGGAUUUGAGUGAUGUUUUUAGAAAAGAAUAUGUCAAGGAAAAGGAUUUCAUUUAUACUGAAAAUUUAACUACUGUAGUAGCUAUUGUUCCCAACAAUGUUUUAGAACACUUUUAAUAACAAUAUGAAUUGAUGCACCACUGUGUUGUCCCUGGAUCUGCCAAGUAAUUUGAAGGCAUUUAAGACAAAGACUAUACCGUUUGGAGAAUCGUUAUAUUUAAAUUAGACUAUAAGAAUUUAAAGAAGAUUUUAUUAGAAGGCGAAAAGCUUGAUGAAAAUGGCAAGCGCCAAAAAACUCCUGUAGAAGAAUUCAUUUCUGCAAGCAGAGAAAAGCUAAAAGUCACUGUUAAGGAAUUUUAAUAUAAUGAAAACGACUGUGCUGAAAGAGAAAGACAAAGAACAGCCUUCUAGACUCAAGCUAAUAGUUAAAGCGGAAAAUUAAGACAAACUUGUGAAAAGAGUUUUGGUAAUCUUUAUGAAGUUUAUAUCCACCUUAAAUUCCUUAGACUUGUUGUUGAAAUAGCUGCCAAAUUCGGUUAGAAAUCUAACAAUACUACUUGUUUGAUUCAACCUGCUCCAGGAAAAGAAAAAUAAGUCCAACAAAAGUUGUUAAAGCUUUUUGCAGACCGUGCUUAAUUGGAUGCUGGUAUGUACGGUACUAAGGAAGAAUUAGAAGAUACUGAAGAUUUCUUCCCUUAUGCUUAUGUUCCCAUUACUGUCUGA